AUGGCAUCCAAUUUCUUCAGCAAUAAGGCUCGAGCUGCUGCUGCAGCUAAUGCGGCAGCCUCAAAAUUGAAGUCCACAGAAGACCUAGUGGACAAUUCGAGGCUUCAACCCUGGGUUGAGAAAUAUCGCCCUAAGACUCUUGAUGAUGUAGCUGCGCAAGAUCAUACUAUUACUGUCUUACAGCGGACGUUACAAGCUUCGAAUCUUCCUCAUAUGCUUUUUUAUGGCCCUCCUGGCACAGGAAAAACCUCCACUAUUCUCGCCCUGGCCAAAUCCCUUUUCGGACCCAAACUCUACCGUUCACGCAUCCUGGAGUUGAACGCUUCCGACGAGCGAGGUAUUAAUAUCGUCCGAGAAAAAAUCAAGGAUUUUGCUCGAAUUCAACUCUCCCACCCACCUGACCAAGACUCAGAGUAUAGAAAGCAACACCCAUGCCCGCCAUUCAAGAUCAUUAUCCUCGAUGAAGCAGAUAGCAUGACACAAGACGCUCAGUCCGCCUUACGCCGCACCAUGGAACGAUAUUCAAAAAUCACGAGAUUCUGUCUUGUGUGUAACUAUGUCACAAGGAUUAUUGACCCCCUAGCUAGCAGAUGCAGUAAAUUUCGAUUCAAGGCCUUAGACGGGUCGGCAGCAGGCAGUCGGUUAGAAGACAUUGCAAGAGCGGAGAACUUAAAACUAGAAGAUGGAGCCGUAGAAGCGUUGAUUCGGUGUAGCGAAGGUGAUCUGAGAAGGGCGAUUACUUAUAUGCAGAGUGCUGCAAGACUGAUCGGAUCAGGGGGAAACAGGAAAGAUGAAAAUGGCGAUGAAGAAAUGAAUGAUGCGGGUGUAUCAAAGCCUAUUGAUGUCCGAACUGUGGAGGAAAUUGCUGGCGUUGUUCCUGAUAUUGUUGUCGAUGGACUAAUCGAAGCUAUGCAACCCAAAAGAGGACAUUCUGUGUACGAAAAAGUUGCAAAGGCAGUAACAGACAUUGUGGCCGAUGGCUGGAGUGCUGGCCAGAUGUUGUCCCAGAUGUACCGGCAAAUUAUUUUCAACGAAGCAAUACCGGAUAUACAGAAGAAUGACAUUGUUCUGGUAUUUUCGGAGCUUGAUAAACGAUUAAUUGAUGGGGCGGAUGAGCAACUUACAAUUUUGGACCUGGCUUUGAGAAUAUCCAUAAUUCUCAGCCGCUCAUGA